UAGCUUAUAAACAAAUCAACAAUUUCAGCCAACCGUAUGUUUUUGGAAACAAAAAAAUCAAAAAUUGACAAAUUUUUAGAAUAAGAGUAAAAAGAAUGGACAUUACAGAGGAUCGUUGUGCUGUUUGUUUGUGCCGCAAGCAGCACAUUGUUAGCACCCCAUGCAAGCAUACAUUCUGCAAGCGUUGCAUAACGGGAGUUUAUGAGGCUUGUUUAUCGAAAGUUUGUCCAUUAUGUCGAGCACCCUUCUUUUAUUAUAUUCGUAAUCGGGGUUACGGAAUGACAAUUGUGUUUUUGGCAUAGUUUCUUAUUCGUUGUUUUUUGAUUGCAUUGCACUGCAUUUCUAUACAUAUAACCGAUUCAUAUUUUUGGUUUCUUACGAUUUAAUGUGCAUUUAAUUAA